AUGGCCCAAACGGAUUGGAGCGCUUCUCAAUACCUCAAGUUCAUGAACGAAAGGACUACUCCAGCCCGCGAUCUACUCGCCCGGGUCCCUCUCCAGGAUCCCAAGACAAUAGUUGAUCUGGGCUGCGGACCGGGCAACUCGACGGCCGUGUUGGCACACCGGUAUCCCAACGCUCAUCUCGUGGGCAUGGAUUCAUCGCCAGAUAUGAUCAAGAAAGCACAGUCGGCGCUUCCUAAUGUCGAAUUUACUGCGAAAGAUCUGAGAUCAUACACCCCCCCGCAAUCUGUCGAUCUCUUUUUUUCGAAUGCCGUUUUGCACUGGCUGGGAAGGGACGAGCGGAUUACGCUUAUCAGGCGCUUGAUGAUAUCGCAACCCUCUGGCGGCGUGUUCGCUUUCCAAGUUCCGUACAAUCUGACAGAACCGUCCCAUGUCCUGAUGAGGGAGGUUGCCGCAGACGGUCCCUGGGCGGGCACGCUCAAGCAUGCUGGCAGAGACGCCUUCCAGACACCCCGGGAGAUCUAUGACCAGCUCAUUCCACUGUCGUCGGAGGUACACAUCUUCAGGACGGACUAUAACCACCCUCUGGAGAACCAUAGGGCUGUAGUGGAGUGGGUUCAGGGAACGGGGUUAAAGCCUUAUCUUGAUCCAUUGUCGCCGGGAGAAAAAGAGGCCUUCAUAAAUGAAUAUCUGAAGCGCCUGGAGGCAGCGUAUCCCAAGUCAGUUGACGGUAGAGUGCUACUGGGUUAUCCGCGGUUGUUUGUGGUGGCUGUCAAAAAGUAA